AGUGACAACAUAAAUACACAUAUGUGGUUACUAUUGUGUGAAAAAUAUUUAUGAUCAGAUUUAUCUAAAAUAAAAUUGCUUUUUAUACCUCAUCUGCGCUGAUUAUUAAAAGUAUCGUCAUGUCGUAUAAUCGCAAUAAAUAUGAAAAAGCUCGGAGACGUUUAGCAGCUGUGACAUUCCUUUCCAAUAUCUCACUGGACGGAUCUUUCAUGGAUACAGAAUUAUGUAAAAUUGUGGAUAAGAAGUCUUCAAAAACCGACAAGUGUGAUUCUGCAAGAGAAACCCAAAAUUAUAAUAAGGAUGCGUCCCGUAAUAGUGCUUGGAACAAAAUUAAACCGCAAACAAGUCCCAUCCAACGAUUUGGUGGUGACAAUAAUUCAAUAAGUUCAGAUUCUGAACAAGCAGCUGUGACCCCAGUUAAAGGACUUAAUAGUUCUUAUAGAGAAAGAUGCUCCUCUGAAGGGUUUAAAGACAGACGCUCUUCAUUAAGAGCGAGAAAGGUUGUUGCAAUUACCCAAGAUGAUAAAAGCAGCUCUGAAAGCUUAAAUUUUGGCCGUUUUCGCACAAGCAGUACUUGCAUUCCAGAAAAUUCCUAUAACAAAGAGAUAAGAAUGGUGAAAUCAACUAAAGGAGUUUCUUUCAAGGAUGAAAGGCUUGCAUUUGCGCCAACACAAGGUGUACCCUGUGUUUUGUUUAGUACAAUUCCAUAUUCAAAAACUGUUAGAGGUGUCCGGACUGAUUUACGAAAGGAUGGUGUUCGUCGACGUAAUACAUCUGGACCCAGGCCUUUAUCUGCCAUCACUGAUAAUGGUAUUGAUCCAUUUGACCUCAUGGGGCUAGAAAAAGAAGAAAACGGUCAAGAAAUAUCAUACUCAAAGCUAUUAAUACCAUCCAGAGUGUGUACCAGGGAACAGUACAAAAAGAUGUACGAGGGAGACUAUGCUGAUAAAGCUUCAUGGAAAAUCUUGAAUCGACAUCCUCACGUUAUUGCAAGGACUAAGUUAUUGACGAGACACAAGGAUAAGAAAUGGUGCUUCUCUUAUGAGUCAUCUCAGCGAGCUACGGUGGCAUCAUCUCCACCACAUUCUUCAGUAGAAACUAAAACCUUUGAUUGGGAUGAAGGAACACUUCUAUCACAAAAAUAUGUUCACUACUCGCCGAAUGUUCUGGAUGAUCCUGAGUUAAUAGCUGGCAAACAUAGAACGUUGCUCACUUUCACGUCAUACAUGACUUCUAUUAUUGACUAUGUCCGACCUCAAGACCUGAAAAAGGAACUCAACGAUAAGUUCAGGGAGAAGUUUCCACACAUUAAACUAACUCUGAGCAAGCUUAGAAGCAUAAAAAAGGAAAUGCGGAAAAUAGCGAAACAUGACAAUGGUGGUAUAGAUUUGUUGUCCGUCGCUCAGGCGUACGUUUACUUUGAGAAGUUGAUCCUCGCCAACCUCAUCAACAAAGACAACAGGAAGCUCUGCGCGGGAGCCUGCCUGCUCCUGUCCGCGAAACUCAACGAUGUGAAGGGCGAAAUGUUGAAGGCGCUUAUUGAGCGCAUAGAAACAACAUUCAGAGUGAACAAAAAAGACCUCAUUAAGUUCGAAUUCGCGGUGCUGGUGGCCUUGGAGUUCGGUUUGCAUGUUCCCCCGUACGAGGUGUUCCCGCAUUACCAGCGCCUGCUACACGACUCGUGACCCUGGCGCCGCCUGGCGCUCGAGCCCUGCAUACGGGUCUGUCACCGCCGGCGGACCAGCAUCGUGGACAAUUUGCGUGCAAGUUCGUGGAUAUAAACAUUAACUCGCCUGCUGCAGGACUCGUGACUCCAGCGCCGCCUUACACUUGAGCGGCGUGCAUGCGUCUUUUACGCCGGUGAACUAUCUAUUGUUGUCGGCAUUUACAAUUAAUAAAGAUCGAGAACGCCGUUUAAGCCUUAACUUAUCUUUAAAGUGUAGUUUUUACUGUACAUACAGUAGAUAUAAUAUUUUCAAGAUAUAACAUGUACCUAACACAUUAUUAUGCGUAUACAAGUAAUGAGUGCUAAUUUGGUCGCACCCAAUAUAGAUGUUGCCUAUGGCAAAAAUAAAUUACUACUUUGUGCAUUGGCUGAUCUACCUAUAUAGCCGUUAUGGCCAUGAACUGCUCAUUCUAGUAUGCAAAUCUUUGUGUCUUGUCACCUUCAACCAAACAAAAUGAUUUUCGUGUCACAUUUUUACAAAAAAAUUACAAAGCGAAGUUAGGAUCGUUAUAAGGGAGCGCUACAUGGUACUCAAAAAUGCGCCCCUGGGAAAAGUAAUUAUAAAAUAAUAAUCGUGCUCGCUUCUCGUAAUUCGUUUUAGAUAUAGCAAUAUUUAUUUCUAUUUUGCAUAGAUAUCAAAAAAUAAUAUGCGAGAUUUGGCUUCGGUGGGUGCCGAAACGGACUUAAGAAUUCGUCCGCUUUGGGCAACAUUGACAAAAAAAUUUGCGCCUGCUUUGCUUACACUUUUUAAAUAAAAAUUAUAGUUGUAACUCGCUUUAAUUAUAAGUUAUAACACUAUUUUCUAGUACUAUUCUUUUUUAAAUGUUUCUUAUGGGAAAGGAUAGGACUGUUUCAAUUAAAUUUAGUGACUUGUGUACAGCCGAAUUAGCAUCCACUGUAUCCUACACAACUAAGAAAUAAGAUUUAAAUUAAGAGAAGCAAAGAUAUUCUAUACUUUAUAGAGUACAUUCCGCAAGAAACAGCAAGUUUCGAUUUAAUUAAUUGACACAAUAUUAAGUAAGAGUAAUAUUCAGUAUACUAUAUAGGUAUUAAACUCUACUUGCCUUAUAGAUAUUCUUGAUCUCAAUAGUACGAACAUAGGAUAAAGCUGAUCGCACAUCUAUUAGCGGGUUGUAUCUCGUGAACCCUAAUAGAUAGAGAGUUGAAUUUUUCACAAAUAUAAAUGUGUUCUUCUAUAUAACCGCUAUAAAAACAUAAAAAAUGGCUGCCAUGAAAUUAAAAAACAUUAAAAACUGUUAGUUCUUGUACGAUGGUACGAAAGUGUGCGAGUCCGAUUCGCCUACUUGUUUAACAGAUAUUCAAAUGCAGAAUGCACAUGAACUCAUUUGAGUUUUUUGGAGUGUAAUGUGUAUAAUGUGGAAUUCCAGACGAUCCGAACAUACUCAGGUAUGACAUUAUACAAAUCUACAAUACUCUCAAUAGCUUACUUUCAAUAGCUGGAUUAAUUCUUUACAUGCUAUAGCUGAAUGAUGGCUCCGAGAAUCUGAGUGAUAAAUGAGCGAUCAGUUUAAUUCGUUGUUUUUGUAGUAAAAUAGCAAUCUAAUUGCUCAUUGAUUAUGCCAAAGAGAAAAUAUUUAAGUAGAUUUAAUUAUUAUCUACCUUUUUUAUAAUUUUAAUGUUUACUGUAAAUCCCGUUUAUAUUGUGUGCUCAAGACUAAAAAUAGCCCUGUUGGAGGGUUAUGUAAACUAUGUUGAAAGGCACAUGUAUGUAGAUUUAUUUAUUGAAUUUGUGGUUCUCUGGUCAGCUAGUGUUUCAAGCUGUUUAGUAGUUUGAACUUAGUUAAAAAUUCUAAUUCAGCUCAAAGUUUACCAUCUUCUAUUUAUAAAAUCAACAUCACCUUGCUUAUAAAAGCGGUAAAAUUCGUUAGUAAGAUCUAAGGCGUAACAUUUGUAUUGGACAACUUUGGUGAAAAACGAAUUUAUAAUAGCUAUACUUACCUAAGAACUGGAAAAAAUAUGUAAGUGUUGAGAAUUGGGAAAUAUGUUUUUAUAUUGUGGUAGGUAAUUGAAGAACAAGACAGUUUCGCUUAUAUGAUUUGUGAAUUACUCAGUGAACUUUUGUCAAGAGUUAUCUAUUGAAUUGCGGUUCAUUCGUACGGUUUGUGCUAAAUAUUUUUUUUUGGCCAAAGAAAGGUGUGAUAAGGUUUUUUUAACAAUUGUGUUUAUUCCGCUUAUAUAUUUCAAAAACGCUUUUUAUGUUAAUGCAAGAUUAACAUCGAUGUUUUCUGACAUGUAUCUUGUGUCUGUGCCUUUGGUUGACCCUUAUUUACGAGAAAUAUGUGUUUGUUUGCUGACACUCGAGUCUAAAGCACACUGAGAAUUCAGUAAAGAAAAGUAAGCAAUAAAAACUCAUGCAUAAUCUUCUAAGAGUCAAGCUAAAGCAUAGACGUAAAAUACCUAACUAUAUUUUAUUUGAUUUUCAUUUAAUAAUUAAGUUAUUUUGCAAAAUGCAGGUCUAGGGACCAAAUAUAUGGUAUAUGGUGGUAGUUAUUAAAAUUACUCAUCCAGUAAAAGAUCUACUGAACCUUAUGUAACUGCAGAUUUUAAAUUAUUGUAGUCUGGUACGAAUUCGGAAUUUCAUUUUUUAGUGUUUUAAUAAUUCUGGCAACGAACAUUAAACACCUGUAGCUAAAUAAGUACCACGCCUAGAGUUUGUUGAUUAUACAUAAAAUGUGAUUGUUAAUGCUUAACAAAGAUUUAAUAAAAGUUGUAUUAAAAUUC